AUGUCUAUGAGAACUCGCAAAAGGAGUAAAAGGCUCCUACAUAACCUGUCUAUAUCAAUAUAUUGUAUGAGUCAGAAGGUAGAAAAACCAAUAUUAUCGGGUCAACGGAUCAAGACCAGAAAAAGAGAUGAGAAAGAGAAGUACGAUCCUAACGGUUUCCGCGACGCGCUCGUCCAAGGGCUCGAGCGCGCCGGCGGCGACCUCGACGCGGCCUAUAAGUUCUUAGACUCGGCCGGCUCGAAACUAGACUACCGGCGGUAUGGCGAAGUCAUAUUCGACGUGCUUAUCGCCGGGGGGCUGUUGCUCCCCGGUGGAGGGGUGUCGAUGGACGGCGAUACCCCGAAGACCAACACCUGCAUCUUUGCCGCGAGCGAGGACAUGGAGACCAUGCGUAACUUUGAACAGGUAUUUGUGAAGUUGAUGCGACGUUACAAAUAUCUGGAGAAGAUGUUUGAGGAAGAGAUGAAAAAGGUGCUUGUCUACCUGAAAGGUUUCGAGCCACUACAGCGCAUCAAACUUGCACGUAUGACUGCAUUAUGGAUCGGCAACGGUUGCGUGCCGCCGUCGGUCCUGCUGGUCUUGGUGAACGAACACUUGCUAAAGGACAAUCUGGCCUUAGACUUCGUGCUCGAAGUGUUCUCGACCGUCAAACAAGAGCGUGGUGUCACCUCGUUGGUCACCGCGCUCAAGAGAGGACAACUCGAGGGCAGACUCCUGGAGUUCCUGCCACUGAACCGUCGCAGCGAGGAGGUGCUGGCGACGUCGUUCGCAUCGCGCGGACUCGCGGAGCUGUUGCGGUUGCAUCGCGCACAGGCUUCGCAGGAAGCUCGCCGCGAGUUGACACAGGCGCUCCUGGACGAGCUCGCGGAGGAGAAGCCGGUGCGGGACCUGAUUCAGGAGCUGCGCGAUAUGGCCGUCAAACACUCCAUACCUGAGCAUGAAGUUGUUGCCAUUAUCUGGCAAUGUGUGAUGUCCCGUGGCGAGUGGAACAAGAAGGAGGAGUUGCUCGCGGAGCAGGCGGCGAAGCACCUGCGCCACUACACGCCGCUGCUGGCUGCCUUCGCGCAGUCCGCUAAAGCUGAGAGCGCGCUACUCACUAAGGUGCAAGAGUAUUGUUACGAAAACAUGAACUUUAUGCGCGCGUUUAGCAAGCUGGUGGUGAUGUUGUACAAGACGAAUGUCCUGUCCGAAGAGGUAAUCCUCAAGUGGUACCGCGAGUCCAGCUCCAGCAAGGGCAAGAUGAUGUUCCUUGACCAGAUGAAGAAGUUUGUCGAGUGGCUACAGAGUGCCGAAGAAGAGUCCGAGAGCGGCGAAGACGAAGAUUAA